AAUUCGGUAGUUCGUGAUUCUUUAGUGCGUGUUUGCAAGUCGUUAUAAGUGGUUCGUUACUAGUGCAGUGAUAACAAUAUUCUUUCGGGUUGAAUAAAUUUGAAGAUUUUUCUGUUCAAACGGUGAAUUUUGUGCAAUUUAUUCACAAAACAAAAUACAAAAGACAUUGCUGUGCUUAAUUCAAUCUGAAACCUUGUGUCGUGCCAUUUAAAGUUCUCCUUCCACAACUUGUCUUAUCAGUCCAUUGAAAUCCGGCAACAUGCUUCGUGUUCCAGCAAAGUUGUCCAGCUUCGCCGUGGUUAACUAUUUGCCCAAGCGUGGACUGGCAGAUCUGGCCAAACUAAGCUCCCUGGUUGACAUCAAACCGGACGUUCGUGAGGCGCUCCUCAAGGCACCGCAAACGGUGGUGGCACUUGAGUCCACUAUCAUCACCCACGGCAUGCCGUAUCCGAAAAAUCUGGAGACAGCCCUCGAAGUGGAGCAGGUCGUUCGCAAAACGGGUGCCAUUCCGGCUACCAUUGGCAUCGUCGACGGUCGCGUCAAGGUUGGUCUCGAUUCGAACCAGUUGACCACCCUGGCCAAAGCCGGCAAAGAGAGAAGCAUCAAAACAUCUCGCCGAGACCUGUCAUAUGUGGUGAGCCGCAAGCUGAGCGGUGGCACAACCGUUGCCGGAACACUGGUGGUGGCCAACUUGGUCGGAAUAAGGAUUUUCGCCACCGGUGGAAUUGGCGGCGUCCACCGCGGUGGAGAGCAAUCGCUGGACAUUUCGGCCGAUCUGGUUGAGCUGGGCCGCACUCCGGUGGCCGUGGUUUCCAGCGGCGUAAAGUCGAUUCUGGAUAUUCAGAGAACGUUGGAAUAUUUGGAAACUCAAGGCGUUUGCGUUGUAUCAUAUCAAUGUCCGGAUAAAGAGUUUCCGGCUUUCUACUUCCCUUCCAGUGGAUCGAAAGCUGACUACAAUUUGAACGACGCCGUGGAAGCUGCCCAGCUGCUUUCCACCAAUAAGUCGCUCGGUUUGCAUUCGGGAUUCCUGAUUGGCGUACCUCUGCCGGAGGAAUACGCAAUCGAUCGCAAGCUGAUUGACGAUGCAAUUGAUCAAGCGUUGGCCGAUGCAGGACAAAAUGCCGUCGGUGGCAAAGAAAUGACUCCGUUCGUGUUGGAGGCCAUUUCCAAGCGCACAGAGGGACGAAGCUUGGAAUCAAACAUCGCACUGAUUAAGAACAACGCGCGCGUCGCGGGAGAAAUCGCAUUGGAGUUGAAUCGUUUGGAAAAUUGUGCAAGUGAUGAGAAGAUUGGUGAAGUUGCCCAGCCCCUCCGCCAGCGAGCACCGGUCAGUUAAAUUUAUUAUUUCCUCAAUCACAUCCGUACACGUCUAUAUCUACCUCGUAGCAAUGUAAUAUUAGUAUUAAAGUUACUUAUAAUCUUA